CAAAAACCUUCCCUGCCAUCUAAAAAUGUCGUUUGGACUCCAAAAGUGCCUGCGAGAGCUUAAUCAAUGAUGUGGUAAUACAGCAAAACUAUAUCGCCUGGGAAAUCUUCAAAGAAAUCCAAGACCUUCGUAAAACCAAAAUAAAGAUACAGUGGGUACCAAGUCACAUGGGAAUCAGAGGCAACGAAAUUGUCGAUCAAAAAGCAAUUGAACAAACGAAUGGAAAACAGUCCGACUUCAAUGGAAUCACCAUGAGCGACGCUAUAAUUGUAAGUAAAAAAGAAGCGUGGGAUGACUGGUCACGAUACUACAAACUAGAAUCUUCAACAAAAGGAAAAUGGCAUUACAAAAUAAUGAACGAACCAGGAAAAAAACCGUGGUUCAAAGAACUAUUAUUAAACCCAACCCAGGUAAAAAUACUGAACAGAGUAAGAUCUGGUCAUACUCUAACGAAGGAAAGAAGAGCACAAUGGAAACUUGAAUCGGAUGAAAUUUGCGAGAUAUGCAAGGAAAUAGAAAAUCUGAAACAUGUUCUCUAUGACUGCCCCCGUUUCAACUCGAUACGAGGCAAAUACACAGUUUUGGACUACAUGAAACCACUGGAAAACAUUUUUAUGGAGGAAUGUGAACAGAGCAUGAAACAAAUAACGCAAUUUCUCAAGGAAACAAAAAUAGAAAUAUAAACGGAUUAGACUGCGACGGCAAGAUGGAUCAACUAUGGUCUUAGCCAGUCUUCCCGAGAAGACAACAGCAAAGGAAAAAAAAAAAAAAAAAAAAAAUGUCGUUUAUAUUGAGAAGAACGUUCAAUCGCAGCAUUUUUGGUUUGCUGAAAAACAAUUUUCCCGAAGUGUCCUAUUGCUGUCUGGAACGGUCAGCGUUUCUACUAAAUUCACAUCGAAGCUAUGAUAGUUUCGCUACUAGCUCAAACUUAUUACACAAUCAUAUCCCCGUACAACUGGUGCGAUUCAAAUCUAAGAAAUCUAAUCGAAAAGGUCAGCCCAGCGGAACUCAGGAAAAGGAUGACGAAGAGAACGAUGAUGAUGACGACCAUCAGGUGGAUGCGUUUGAUGAAUUGGUGACGGAUAAACACACAAAAUUGGUGAAAACUAGCGUCGGUUCACUACGUGCGGAUUUGAUCCUGAAAGCCGGGCUAGGCAUUGCCAGAAAUAAAGUAGAAACACUUUUCUACGAAAGUAAAAUUCGAGUUAACGGGCGAAAACUGCUCAAGAAAAGUAUCGUGCUGGAUAUCGGAGAUGAAGUGGAUGUUGUGAAAGGUACAAGUCCUACCAACCCAGACCAUCUGAUUGUUGCUCGCGUGGAAAUAUUGGCUGUCACACCGAGAAGUGAAAGCUUCUCUGUCAGUCUGAGAAGACACAAAUCUUUGAUAAUAGAAAAUUAUGAAUCCGAUGGUGUCAUCGAUAAGUGAUACAGUUUGAUUUUGAAUAAAAAUAUAUUAUUUUAUUAAUGAAUAAA